ACGACAUACAAGAACAAACAUUCCUCUGUGUGUUGGUGGUCUAUAACAUACUCAAUUGAUCUCGGACUCUCGUUGUCGAACAUUUCACAAUGACUGGCGGUUACGCACCCAAGCACGGAACCUGGCAGCAAGGAUGGGGUGGUCACAUUGCUCGCCCUGAGAAAGGGGUUACCAGCUACACCCUCUCGCCCAACCGCCAGCGCCUGUUCCCCAAUUUCUGGCACACUGCCAUCUUCAACACUUUCCGCCGUUUCCGCCAUCAAGUUCUCUAUGUCGCCCCUCCCUUCAUUGUGGCGUACUCGUUGAUGGAAUGGGCCGUUGAACGGAAUGAAUACUUGAACUCCAAGGCUGGCCGUGCCGAAGCUGGCGAGGAGUAAAUUUGCGUUCAGAUAUUGAUUUUUGCAGUGUACAGCAAUACGGUGACCCGGUUGUUACAUUUUGGUCUCGUACAGUAUGAGCAUAGCGAUAUCGAAGAUUUGCGAACUAGAUUUGACAGGUUUGGCUAUUGGCAUACUUUACAUACAGUCCCUUUGUACUAUUUCUUCAUUUGUUAUGGACAUUGCACAUCAUAUUAAAUAUACUAAAUCUCAUAUCUUUUGACGCCCGC